AUGUCCUCCUCCCGACUUCCGCCCUCUCUCAUGAAGGCCGCCGUGCAGGCGACGCCCUUGACAACCUCCGCGGCAGUUACAUCCAGGACAGGAGCCGUCCUGCGCCGUAGCUCUGCCGCUGCGGCUGCUGUUUCCCAGCGCGCGACUCUGCCGCCGGCGGCUCGCUUCAGCACCAUCUCGCAAAGACAAUCCCUUGAACAGCUGCGCCAGCGCUUCUCCUCUAUCCCCGGCAUCAGCCAGAGGCAGUGGCAGCAGUUACAGCAGCGGGUAUACUCGACGGAGUUGGAGACGAAGCAGGAGGAACAGGCUAAGGAGGAGAGGCCGCAUAAGGUUUAUGAUUUUGAGGCUGUUAAAAAGCUGGCUGAAGCCCCGGAUCGCAAGACGAUUAUCGUUGACGUCCGCGAGCCCAACGAGCUCCAAGAGACUGGCCGGAUCCCAGGCGCAAUCAACAUCCCAAUCAAGUCUGCGCCAGACAGCUUCCACAUCAGCGAUGAAGAAUUCGAGGACCGUUACGGGUACCCGCGGCCGCCGCGCGACGCCGAGGUCGUCUUCUACUGUCGUGCGGGUGUACGCUGCAAGGCUGCCGCCGAUCUGGCCAAGGACGCUGGCUGGACUAAUACCGGCGAGUAUCCUGGCAGCUGGCUGGAGUGGUUUGAGAAGGGGGGUAAGGUGCAGCGGUGA